AUGCCGGCAGCCCAGGCUGCUCUGUCGCCGCCACACGUGCAGCAGCAGCAGCAGCAGCAGCAGCAGCAGCAGCAGCAGCAGCAGCAUAGUAGUGGCACAGCUGCAGCGGCUGCAGCGACGACGGUGCUGCUGCAGCAGCACAGCUGCAACAGCAGCACAUCUGCAGCAGCCGCAGCUUUUGCAGCAGCAAAGAGGUUUAGCCCCUGGCAGCACUUAAAUAUACUAAGGAGCUGCCCUGCUGCAGCAGCACAGCAGAAGAGGCAGCAGCAGCAAAGCAGCCGCAGCACUAGCAGCAGCACCACGAACAGCACCAAAUAUAACAGCAGCACUGCCAGCAGCAGCAGCAGCACUGCCACGAGCAGCAGCUACACCUUCUACCGGCAGGGGAGCGGGCAGCAACAGCAGCAGCAGCAGCACGAGCAGCAGCAGCACGAGCAGCAGCAGCCCGGCAGAGCAGCAAGCGCAGUAGCACAAGCAGCAGCACAAACAGCAGCACAAACAGCAGCGGCUCGAGCGAUAACAGCAGCAAAAGCAGCACCAGCAGCAAAAGCAGCAAUAGCAGCAGCAGCAUGA